AUGAGAGCAACUUUAUUUUAGUAAUUAAGAAAAACUAGAGCUGAAUCUGCCAAAGUUGGAGUGAAUAGAAAUAAACAAAUUCUGGAUACUUCGGAACUUAUAGGAAGAUAAAGUUUUUAUAGAAAAAGACGACUUGAAGACCCAAAUUAUUCUUUACUUGAAUAACCAAGUUCAUUUCGAUUUCAUGAUAAGGAGAAAUAUGAAUAAGAAAUCAAAUAUCUAAAAAACAAUUUACAUUCUUUAGAAAGUGAAAAUCUCAAAUUAAGAACUAAAAUUCAUUAAUUAGAAGGUAAGCAUCUUCAAUAUAAAAAUUAGAUAAUUAAUUAAAAUAAGAGAAGAUGCUAUAGGAAUUAGAUCGUAUAGGUCCUGUAAAAACUUAAUUAUUAAAAUCUAUGAAUUAUGCAACUGCUUUAAAUGCAUUAAAAAAAGAAUUAAAUAAUAUGAGAAUGGAACUACAAAAAAAAGAUUAAGAACUUAUCAAUAUGAAAAAAAAUUAAAGAUUGACUUAAAUAAAUGAAUUAUAAAUUGAAAGAACUGCUUUUUAAGAAGAGACAGUUAGAUUAAGAUAAUAAAUUGAAUAAUUAUUUUAAGCUAGUUUAUAUAAUUUACAAUAGAAUAAUGUAGAAUAAGCAAUUCAAGAAAGAUUAUUUAAAUUAAUAGCAUAAAUAUAGGAGAAUGUAAUUUAAAAAAGUGAAUUGGAAAAAAUAAUUGAAAGACUUAAAAAAGAAUGUUUGAAAUAUAGAGUAAUAAAUUUUAUCAUUUAUUUUAGUCUUAAUAAAUAGAAUAAGAAUUUAAAAGCAAAAAGGAAAUUAAGAAAUUAAUAAUAUAAUUAAAGGAAGAAACAAAUAAUUCUUAAAAAGAAAAUAGUAAAGAAAUCUAAUAAUAAACUAAACCAGAUGAAUUGUAAUUAUUAACAGAUUUAAUGUUUACAAAAUAAGAGAAUUAAGCUAAAUAAAAUGAAAUAGAUAAAUUAAAUCAAAUUAUUUUCGAUCUCGAAACUCAAAUUAAAGAACUAACAUUAUUAUAAAAAUCAGAGACAUAAGAAAUCUAACCACAGUCUCAAAGAGUUGAUAUAUCGACAAAAUCAAAGAUAACAAAAGUCUAAUCUCCAGUUUUUGCUACCGAAAUUAUGUAAGAAAUUGCCUUACCUAUAAAAAAAUCAGUAGUGAUUUAAGAGGAAAUCUAAAAAUAAGUGAAGUAACCUUAGAGAAGAAAAAUUAUACCUAUAAAAUUUGAAGAAAUCAAAAAUAUAGGAGAGACUUUGAAAUAUAAAUUGAUGGCUAUGGAUAUAAGUAUUUCAUAAUUAGACGAAUAUUUAUUUGAAGGAGACUCUAUGACUUUGAAAGAAUUGAAAGAUAAAUUAAGGCAAUAUCCUUUUAAUUUAACAAGUGAAGAAGCUCAUAUAAUAUCUCGUUAUAUAAUGGAAAGUGAAAAUGAUAUUUACGAAUUGUAGGAGACUGCCUAGAAUUAUAAUCCUUAUAUUCGUUCAGUUUUAAGGAGAAUAUUGGCAAAUUAUAAAUUAGAAAUAGUGAAAAAUUAAUUGCUGCAUUCUGAAAAAUUAAAAGAUGUUUUAACAAAAUUUAAACCAUUUAUUUUAAGCAAUAUUAAAUAACUUUAUGGGAAAGAUUGUAUAAGAGUAAGUAAAUAAUAAUUUAAUGAAGCAUUGAUGUCAUUAAAUAUAGAAUUGAAUUAAUUUGAAUUGGACUAUUUGAUAAUUUAAGGGAUUUUGGAAAGUAAGGGAGUUGAAUCAUUAAAUUAUGAAGAGAUGCUAAAAUAUGAGAUUAAGGAAGUUUAAGAUUAACAACUCUCUUUUUUAUUGACUGAAUUAAACAAUUAAUAAAAUUAAAAAAUUGAAAUGUCAGUGAUUGAAGAAUGUCCAGAGAAACUUUCAGAACUUGAUUAAUUAGAAUAAGUAGAUCAUAAAUAAGAGUAGAUUAUAAAAGAGUAAUAAUAAAAUGGAGAUGAUCAAUAUGUUACAUUUGAUAAAUAUGUGACUGAAUAAUUUGAGUCUGAAAGUGAAGAAUCAAAAUAGGAAAUAUUGACAUCAGCUUUUAACUUGGAACAAUGA